UGCGUCUCAAACAGUUGGUUUCCAUCAUGAGUGGAUGCCCAUUUUUGGGAAAUAAUUUAGGAUACACUUUUAAAAAAGUAUCUGCAGAAGGAAAUGAAGAAGACAAUUCACAGACCGGUGUAAAUAGAGCCAGCAGAGGAGGACUUAUCUAUGGGAACUACCUGCAUCUGGAAAAAGUUUUGAAUGCACAGGAACUUCAGAGUGAAAUAAAAGGAAAUAAAAUCCAUGAUGAACAUCUUUUUAUUAUAACUCAUCAAGCUUAUGAACUGUGGUUUAAGCAAAUCCUCUGGGAAUUAGAUUCUGUCCGAGAGAUCUUUCAGAAUGGACACGUCAGGGAUGAAAGGAAUAUGCUCAAGGUUGUUACUCGGAUGCACCGAGUGUCGGUGAUUCUUAAAUUACUGGUUCAGCAGUUCACUGUUCUGGAAACAAUGACAGCCCUGGACUUCAAUGACUUCAGAGAGUACUUAUCGCCUGCAUCAGGCUUCCAGAGUCUGCAGUUUCGACUCCUAGAAAAUAAGAUAGGUGUUCUUCAGAGUUUGAGAGUCCCUUACAACAGAAGACAUUAUCGCGAUAACUUCAAAGGAGAAGAGAAUGAACUGCUCCUUAAGUCUGAGCAGGAAAAAACACUUCUGCAACUCUUGGAGGCAUGGCUGGAAAGAACACCAGGAUUAGAGCCACAUGGAUUUAACUUCUGGGGAAAGUUUGAAAAAAAUAUCAUCAAAGGCCUGGAAGAAGAAUUCACAAGGAUCCAGGCUAAAGAAGAUUCAGAGGAAAAAGAGGAACAGAUGGCUGAAUUUCAGAAACAAAAAGAAGUGUUACUCUCCUUAUUUGAUGAGAAACGCCACGAGCAUCUCCUUAGUAAGGGUGAAAGACGAUUGUCAUACAGAGCACUGCAGGGAGCCUUGAUGAUAUAUUUUUACAGGGAAGAGCCUAGAUUCCAGGUCCCAUUUCAGUUACUGACAUCUCUUAUGGACAUCGACACCCUCAUGACCAAAUGGAGAUAUAACCACGUGUGCAUGGUGCACAGGAUGCUGGGCAGCAAGUCGGGCACCGGUGGGUCCUCAGGCUAUCAGUACCUGCGCUCAACUGUGAGUGACCGGUACAAGGUAUUUGUAGACUUAUUUAAUCUUUCAACAUACCUGGUUCCCCGACACUGGAUACCGAAGAUGAACCCAAUAAUUCAUAAGUUCCUUUAUACAGCGGAAUAUUGUGACAGCUCUUACUUCAGCAGUGAUGAAUCAGAUUAAAAUUGUGAAGAGCAUUAAUUUUCAAUC